AUGCAAUCCUUCUUGACCCUUGCGUACUUGCUGUGCUACUUGGUCACGAUGGUUGAAGGACUUACCCGGUACCAUACCACGCCCCCGAGCGACGUUGUUAUCGUUCAUGAUAGACAAUCCCUCAACGAUCUGGUGAAGCUUAACCCGGAAACAAUUCUCCAUGCCGAGAACGGAGGAUACUAUCUAAAGAACAUGGAAGAAGAGGUCGUUGCUAUCACUGCCGACGACUUAUGCGAAGAGCUCGACGCUGCUUUUGCGAGCAUUGAUGCCGGCGUUAUCGGCGAUGACUCUGAACCCGAGGAUCUAGAAUCCAAUAUUGCUCUCAGCUUCUGA